CUUUAAAGUAUAACCAAAGUGAUUGGUCGAGUUUCUUUUACGAUUACGUGCUAAAAAGCCCAGAGACUUGGCAGUAUAUUAAAGCUUGAAUCGCGCAAAGUGCAGAAAUGAGACAGCUUGCUCUGCUCUGGACUCUGCUAGCCGUUUGGCCCGCAACUCAAGCGGCCCUGCAGCGCCCACAUGGCUACGACGAUGACAACACGCCACUCCAACUGAGUCUCGAGGAUCUGGAGCGUGAGCAGGAGCAGAGUUUCGAUCUCAAUCGCCUGCCACUGCUGCCCACGCACUACGAGUGGCAUCCCAGCGUAGCGGCCAGUGUGCCGCCCAACUACGUCCACGAUGCCGCCAAGCUGGAGCAGGUGGAACGCUUGCGCCAGCUGCAGCAGCAGCAUCAGCAGCUGAGCGCUGGUUACGCACUGCCCGACCAGCUGUCAGGCGGCUUUCUGCUGCUACAAGACGCCAAUGUCUCACCUCCAACGGCCUCAACUGCAGCAACGCCAACAACAACAGCAGCAACGAAGACACAAACGCGAUUUCUACAACCCAUUGUGCCCUUUGAUCUGGACCUGCAGCUUCAACUAAAUGGCGUGCAAUAUCUGAAUGGCAAUGCGCUACCUGCUCCCACAGCAUUGCUGCCACGCCCCAUACCAAGACCAAGGCCCGUAGCGCAUCCACUGCGACCACCGUACGCUUUCUUACAGCAGCAGCAGUCGCUGCGUUCCCAUGGCAGCCCAGUGUCUCUUCCGCUACUGCUGCCGCAGUCCAAGCAGUUCGCCUAUGCCCCUGUGGCUCAGCGCAAUUAUGCGUCCGCUACCCGCAUUCCGCUGCCCUAUCCGCCCAGCUUUGUCAGCAUUACGACGCGCCGGCCAGCGUCUGGGUACGCAGCCAGCUAUUCGAAGCCCUUCCGGCCGUCGCCGCCAGAUCUGACCCCGGAUCUAUUCGCCGGACGUGAUUCCAAAUCGUUGCUGGAGUCGUACAUACCCAGCUGGGAGGUGUUGCGUCUGUAUCAGCAGCACCAAACGCCGCGUCCGCUGCAUCGCCAUACGCUGGCCUAUGCGGUGCCCAGCCUGAGAGUCUUCAAGCGAGACUCUCAGCUGGAAGCUGCGUCCGAGCGUAGUCGCAUCGUCAAGAAGUCUCUGGACAAGCAGCUGGCGCCACAUUAG